AUGGCGACCACAAGUGAACAUAGCAUCAUCUGUAUCCACGAUUUGGGUGGGUCUCCCAAGUCGACGUGGCACCACGAUGAGUCUGGCAAGACCUGGAUAUCAGAUCCCGAUUUUCUCGGCAGGUUAAUGGACUUGGUACAAGUGUGGACCUAUGGAUACAACUCCGAGCCUGCGGCGAACAUGACGCCGGCCAGCAUCGCUCUUCAUGCCGACGAGCUUCUUGCGUCUAUGAUGGAAGAAUACCGCAAGUACAGCGUACGCACCAAGCUCCACGCUACCUAA